UGCCAUAAAAACAUUAAUGUGAAGUGGGUAAAGAUUUUGAUUCAAUACCGGUUUAACGUGUAAAAUAAAUCUAGUAACAAUGAACAAGAAAUAAUCCAAACAGCUCCUCGGUCUGCGAACCGCUACUCCCAAUUGGAGUAAAGCCCGGCCCACUACUCAAAUACCCUCCCUCUCUUGUCAUUGUUGAAAAACCCUCACUUCUACAGUCUGCGUAAAACUCACGCCUCCUUUCACCUCCUUAGAACAGUCAAAAACCAACAUUUCGUCCUCUCGCUCUAACUUCCAUACCCUCUUUUUAUAAAAACCGUAAAUCCCAAAUAUUUUUCAUCUAUCAAAAUAGCCCUAAACGCCUCACUCUAGAAAAGCAAUUAUGGCAAGCAAAGAGCCCGUACACGAGCACAGAGAAGACGAAGAGGCCCCCGCCGCCGAGGAUGAAGACACUGGAGCUCAAGUCGCACCUAUCGUCAAGCUCGAGGAAGUCGCUGUCAGCACCGGCGAGGAAAAUGAAGAUCCGAUACUCGAUCUGAAGUCGAAGCUGUACCGAUUUGAUAAAAACGGGAAUCAAUGGAAAGAGAGAGGCGCUGGUACUGUGAAGCUGUUGAAGCACAAAGAGACUGGAAAAGUUCGCCUUGUUAUGAGGCAAUCUAAGACUCUCAAGAUCUGCGCCAAUCAUCUCGUGUUGCCGACGAUGACAGUGCAGGAGCACGCAGGGAAUGAUAAAUCGUGCCUAUGGCAUGCUUCUGACUUUGCAGACGGUGAAUUGAAAGAUGAACUUUUCUGCAUUCGUUUUGCGUCAGUGGAAAAUUGCAAAACCUUUAUGGAAAUUUUCCAAGAAGUUGCUGAAUCACAAAAACCAAAAGAGGAAAAUAAAGAUGCAUCUGCUACUGCCACUCAACUUGAGAAGUUGAGUGUUGAGGAAAAGAAAACUGAGGAUAAAGCUGGAGAGGAUGAGGCUGUUGCAGCAAAGGAAACAAAGAACGAUACAGAGAAGAAAGAUGAGGAGCCAGCUUCUUCAACUUAAAAAGGGGUUGGGUUUGUUUUCCAUGCCAUAUGCUUUUGGCGAAUAUGAUGAGAUUAGUCACCUGAUCUCACCUCCCAACCUAUGUCUUGCAUAUUCCUGCGGAUGAAACUAGAAGGGUCUGGAAGGGUCGAGGUCCGUUGUGUCCUUAGGUUUGAGUGUUUGUCGAGGUUUGGUCAAACCCUGAGUCAUGUCAGUCAUGUUUGCAUGUUGAGAGUUGUGUUUCGCGGUUUGAGCACUGUCAAGGAGGGUUCAUUCAAUCAGGUUUUCCCCAGCGUUGCUACUAUGUCGAAAUUUUCUUACUGCUCAGUCCACUGCAUUGAAAGGGUAUUUGAUAUAGACAAUUUAUUUUUGUUGGAUUUAAUUAUUUGAAUUUUGUAUGUCUAUUAGAAAGUUUCGGUGAAAAGAAAUUCGGUUUGCUAGAAGUGGCUAGAAGGUAGAUGCUAGUUUUAACCAAACUGUUCUAUUCUAUGGAUUUAAGAAAUCAUAAAGGAAAAACCCCAAAAAUUUUAAUUAAAGCAAAUCUCUCCUUAUUUUCUUGGAUGAUUCAUUC